UAAGCAAAAAUGCAUCUAUUCACGCAACGAUAAUCGACUCACAUCUCUACAAUUCAAUAAAGAAAUUAUUGAAUGGUUGUUUACAUCGUUUUAGAUUUUUUGCCAAUGAUUGUUGUAAGAUUAUAGUGCCUAUUCGCUCCCGAGAAUGGAAAUAACAACGAGUAAUUACUUACACUGCUGUCGUGUCUGCUUGGACAAUGAAAAAAGCGAAUUGUUUUUGUGUAUUUACGAUACUCAUCUGCAGGAGAUUGGUGUGAAUCUACAAACUGCUUUUCAGAAAACAACAGGAAUCUCAUGCUCCAAGGACGAUCGUCUGCCAUCUAAAAUAUGUCAAAGUUGCCAACUGAGACUGCAGGAUGCCUAUAAUUUUAUUCUGGAUAGUUGCAGUAACAACGCGAUUUUAGAAACAUUAAAAUUACAAGCUGCUGAACUAACUGCGAAGCCUGAUAUCGAGUCAUGCAAUAUUGAACAAAUUCCGGAGGUAGCUGAUCAUAGUGUGGUCAUAAUUGAUAGCUAUAUCGAAUCUAAUGCAUUAUCUGCUCCGGAGAUAGAAUAUUCAGUAACAAAACACACGCACGAUACGGUGUCAGGAAACAGUGAGCCGGAACUUUCCGACGGAGAAAGAGAAAACGACGCUACCAAUGCAGUUGAUUUUAUUUUGCAAAAUUUUAAAAAAGCUCGAGUUUGCCCAAAAAGGCAAAAAUCCGAAGCUCCACCCCGAAGGCACAACUGUGAGGUCUGUGGAAAACAGUUUCAACGGAAGUCCAACCUGGUUGAUCACUUGCGGCUACACGCUAACGUGAAGCUGUUCUCAUGCAACUAUUGCGAUGCAGCAUUUGUGCAAGCGGGAAACCUGAAAAGUCACAUCCGGAAGCACACGCUGGAGAAACCUUACGAGUGUGAACAUUGUGGGAAAAGUUACAGCCAAUCAAGUGCUCUUAAAACUCAUGUCAGAUCACACACUAACACACGGAAUUACAUUUGCGAUAUAUGCAAGAAAGGCUUUACCAAUAGCUCCGACUUAGGCAAACAUAAGAUGACACAUUCGGAUUUACGGUUUUUGCAGUGUGUUCUAUGUGAUAACCGAUAUUUCACUCAGAAGAUACAUCUGAAGAAACACCUAAAUUCGUAUCAUGCUUCAGAAGACUUCGACAAUUUGCUGCGAAGAGGCACUUUAAAAGAAGGCGUACGUAUAGGUGUAUCGGCUGAGACAUCGGAAUAGUAAGAAUAGUAAAAUGAUUUUUGAUGCAGAAUGCGUUGGAAA